AUCUUUCCCGCAAACCGGUAGCGCCAUGACAAUUCUCGAAGAAAACUCCCGGAGCUAGUGCCACCGUCCGCCUGGAAGAAGACGAGUUCGGGAUGAGAGGCAGCGGGUACAUAAAGAGGAGGAAGACCUCGUUCCUCAUCCCGAUAAAUCAUCCCUACCGAUCUUGCCCUUCUCUCCUUGAUCAUCAUGGCUUCCUUCGCUCGCCUGUCGCUCCUCACGGUGGCGUUCCUCUGCAACUUCGCUCACUCCUACCCAGUUGGCAUCGAAGUCCUAGCACCACGGCAAUCGGGCGCCCCUGCAUGGGCUUCCGCUGCCUCGGCUGCAAUUCAUCCAGGCGUCAACACCGACACGCAGGGCGGCAGCUGCACGUCCAACUAUAUCUACUACGACACCGUUAGCCAUGACAUCUACAUCGGCCAGGCGGCUCACUGCGCCUCGACGGGUGGCAGCACCGAUACGGACGGCUGCAGCAGCGGCACGCUGCCCGAGGGAACCUCUGUCACCGUCGUUGGUGCUAGCCAACCCGGCACACUUGCCUACAGCUCCUGGGCUCGAAUGCAAGCCCGCGGGGAGACCGACGCAAACACGUGCGCCUACAACGAUCUCGCUCUCAUCAAGCUCAACCCAGCCGACUAUGGCAAGGUGAACCCCUCGGUGCCGGUCUUUGGCGGACCGACGGGCGUGCGAACAACGGGCCUCGCCGCAGGCGAGCCGGCGUACAGCUUUGGCAACAGCGUCCUGCGCCAGGGUAUCAAGGUCUUCCAGCCAAAGUACGGCACCUCUGUCGGCGACCAGGGCGACGGCUGGUCCCACCAGACGCUCCUCCAAUUUGGCAUCCCCGGCGACAGUGGCUCGGCCGGCUUCGACGGACAGGGUAAAGGGUACGGCGUGCUGAGCACCCUCGCACUCGCGCCCAUCCCCACCGUCAAUGCGUUCGGAGACCUGCAGCGGGAGCUCGCGUAUCUGCACACGAUUCCCGAGUUCGCCAACGUGCAGCUCGCACUCGGCACAGAGGCAUUCGCCGUCAGGCCACCUUCGCUCGUCAGGAAGUGAUAUCCUGUACUGUACGGUUUUGCGCGGUGAACAAAAAGUCAUUGCAGCUCAUGAGCCGUUCGCGCUCGCUCGUUGACUCUCAGACUGUUGAUCGGAUUGCUUGUUCUCUUUUCUACUCGAUGAUCGGAACCACAGGAGAGUGCGUGAAGCUGUGUCUCUACGCUUAGGGUUUGACGAG